AGAGAGAGAGAGGAGGAGGAGGAAAUAGAGCGAGAAAGAGAGAGAGAGGGAGGGAGAGAGAGAGAGAGAGUAACUGGAGCAAACAUGACUUGAGAAGCGCACUGCAAACAAGCGCCACUGUGUUCCCACUCUCUGCAUUUACCUGCGCGAAUCGGAGAGCUGCGUGUGAGUGACGGCCGGGAGCCGAUGCGCAGAAGUGGAUUGUUUGGACGGGAAAUCGGUGUCCUGUGUGGAUUCGGUCCUUUUUAAAGAGGCCAAAUAAGAAGAAAAAAAGGCCUUUCAUCUUGCAGUCAACUUAAGAGAGACAGAAGGACAGAGUGAGAACGAAGCUCCCGGAGAGACUGACACACUGAGGUAGACGGGCCGACCUACAUCCUGCAGUGUGCGUGGAGAUCUAGGACACAGCUUAGCUUCGACAACCAACGGCGGAAAAGCCAGAGGAAAAAGAGGACAUUUGUGCUUUUCUAAGACUGAUCUGAUCCACUGAGGGUCUGUGACGAGUCUGGACACUGAACCACAAAGCCCCUUCAAAUGAAUAAAUGAGGGUUACUUCUGAGCUCCAGCUGUUCUACAUCUUUUUGGCAAAUUUGGACACUUGAGUCCGCUCCUGUCACAAUUACACUGAAACUGCAAUAAGCAGAACAAGAACUUUGCGAGAGAUCCUUCAAGGUUGUUUUUUGGCACCGCCUCCUCCUCCCCUUGACCCAGUUCUUUCUUCAACAACAAAAACAUUUCAAACUGGCUGCCUCGCGACAAACAUGGAAAAUCUGACAUCAGCUCUCAAAACAUUAGACAAAAACUCAGCGGACAAUAACUGCAGUGAGACCUUCAGCAGUUAUGAAGAGUCUCUUCCUUCCGCCGAAGGGAGUCCGAAUCGCCUAGGCCGCCCGGCCAAGGGCAAACCCAGCAUGAGCUGCAGGCGAAAGCGUGAGUUCAUUUCGGAUGAGAAGAAGGACGCCUGCUACUGGGAGAAGCGCCGCAAAAACAAUGAGGCCGCCAAGCGCUCCCGGGAGAAGCGACGUCUCAACGAUAUGGUCUUGGAGAACCGCGUCAUGGCACUGAAUGAUGAGAAUGUGAGGCUCAAGACAGAGCUGCUCCAGCUGAAGCUGCGCUUUGGCCUCAUAAGCACCGCCUCCUACAUUGAAAAGAGCCAGCAGAUGGGCGCAAGUAGCAACGCGGGAAAUGGAGGCUCCUCCUCAUCCUCCUCCUCGACCCAGUACUACUCCAGCGGUUACUCCAGCGGUUCUCAGGUGAUGAUGAACUCCGAUUCCUCAGAAACCGAGCAGUCUGGACACAGUGAGGGCCACAGGCAGAUGGUGAAAUACUCCCCACGCGGCUCCUUGUCGGACAUGUCCGACGGCUCCUCCAGGGACAGCCCUGAGCCGCUUCCUUUCGAGAUCAAACAGGAGGGUGACCAGCUAGAGAUGGACAUUGCCAGUGGCACCACCACCCAGAUCAUGUUCAACAUCCACCGUGGUCUGCCCGCGGUGCCCACUCACCACCAGAUCCAGCAGCAUUCUCAGGAGCUGGAGGCCGCAUAUCACAGCCAACAGCAGCAGCAGCAGCACCAUCAACAACAACAACAGCCCCACCAGGAGCCUGUGACCGCUAACAACGCCGUCAGCCAGCCUGCCCCCAACCCACCUGCUGCCCAGAGGAGCGUCAUUCUGUAUGGCUCCAGCAGCGCCUCCUACCCUGUGGACGCCCUGACGAGGCACCAGGACAUCAAUGUGCCGGCAGCCCAGAAGCAGAGUGGCGGCAGCGGCCAGACCUGCGUCAGCCGGCUGCCCCCGUCUAUCACAAAGAGCUCCACAGAGACACUGGCUGAGGUGACGAAGCAGCUGGAGAGGAAGACAUUAGACUCCCCUCCAUAUGAGCUCUCAGACAGCCAUAAUGAGGCUGGAGAGAGACAGGGGUACAUAGUUGGCCAACCUCCCCAGCAGCACCUGGAGCAGGAGCAGGACCAGCAGGAGAGAGAUCCGUGUGCAGAGAUCCUCCACCAACAAGUGGAGGGGGUCAACCACUCUUACCUGUACCACCCUCAUCAGCAGCCCCAUCAUUCAUACCUCUGUGCCCAAGACGAGGAGCCACCUGUGCUCACCUACGAGGGCGGGCACGGAAGUGAGGCUGACUACCGAGGCCAAUCAAACCCUUCGAGCAAGGACACGUCAUCCAGCGACGGAGAUCACCGUAGCUCCGAUAAAGACGCAUCCACGGACGAUGAUGAGUCCCCUUCCUCAUCUUGCUCAGAUUUGGGCAGCUACCACAGCCAACAUGUCACCAGCCUCCACCAUCCUGCCUCGCCUCUGCCUUCCUCCCAGGGCUGCUCUCAGGCCCAGGGCCGGGAUCCCCAGGGGGAGGUGAAGGGCACGGCGUUGCCCCACAAACUCAGACUCAAACACCGGGCCAUGAGCUCCGGCCAGGAAUCCCCAAUGACGCCUCCGUCUGCCACGCCGCCUCCCCUGCCCCAGCACCCUUACUUGUCCCUCAUGCCGCAGCAGAACGUCAUGCGAGAGAGCCCGACCGGAGGCUUCAAACUGGCGGCCUCAGGGGAGGGGGGCAGGACGGAGAGUGGAAAAAAGGAGACAGGGGGACGACGAAACAAGAGGCGAGAUUAGGUGACAUACAUGUCUCCUCUAAGAACUACCCUGCCACCAUGCCUUUUUCCCUCUAAUCAAACUCCCUCCUCAAGCCCUAGGGACCUCUCUACUUCCUUAUCCCCAACAUCACCAGAAAGGCUGGACAUCUUGUAGGGCUGUAUCAUAUUUGUAUAUAUUGUACAGAUUUGUCAUUUCUUACAUCCUCUCCAUACUUACAGAAGCACUUUUUUUUUAUGUGAUGAGAGGAGGAAUGGAACUACCUGCUUUUUCUUUACAUUUAGAUCACAAACAAGAAUGUAGGACAAGGACAAGUUUUGAGCUUUAUCAGUGCUAUAAAUUUGGUACAUAUCUGACUGUAGACAAACAUACACAUGUAUGGUUUAUCUGCCUUAAUCUAAUGCAAACGUAUACUGGGGACUUUCCCUCGACCAAAGAAGCACCAACACUACAAACAUCAAGUUCCAUACCUCUUCCCAGACCCUACCUCUACCAACCCUUACUCUCCCCAACCAUCUCCAUUAUUUCACGAAAGAUCGCAGUCACCUUUAUUUUUUAAGCACUUGGUUUGUAUAUUACUGUGAUAUAUGAAUAUAUGUAUCUACUAUAAAUAUAUAUUUUACAAAGAAAUUUGAAUACAAAAUUCAACGAAAAUGCGACACGCCCGGAAUGGUGAAAGAGGGUUUUGAAAGUGACCAUCCUAUUAUGAUUCACAAUUACUGUACAGCCACGUUGUCCACUGUUGCUAUAGGACCCAUUCGAAUUAAGAACAAACAGCUCUCUCUUGAUUGUUAAGCUUUAGCAUUAAUCAUUUGUUAAUGCCCCGUUUACACAGAAAUGGCCGUCCGGUUUGGGGCACCAACAGCACUGAAUGGAGAACACGUUGUUUCCUGAGGCCUCAUUAGGAUGUUUGGAUUACUUAACCUUUAACCAGCCUUUAAAUAUUCGGUGGAACUCACCAGCUGCAGGCUACAAGCCUUUUACUUUAUUUGAGCUUUAUCAACCAUAUCUUGUUGUCGUUACCAUUCACUGGCCCAAUGUAUUUAUUUCCUCUUCUCCACGCGCCUAUCACUGUAGGAACAUAGACGGAGAAUGUGUACAGACCUUUUUAAGAUACAUCCGGCGGCCUUGAGCUUGAACUGUAAUGGAGGUAUGGGAUGCUUGGGGGGGCGAACGCAGGAGGAGUUAUGGUCCCAAUCAUUUAAAUGUGAACGAGUUCCACUUCUGUAAAGAACUAAGGAGAGUUACUGCCCAUUAAUUGAAAUGAAACAAGGUUUUGUCGCGGGACCAAUUCGUGACCCUCAAGGUUUGCAUUGGCUCCCCAGAUAGACGAGUGGAACUAAAGCUACUGCAAACCCCAAAUGCUCUAAUCCCCUAAAUUGUGCAAGCGUCCCCUAAAAUUGCCCAGCAACAAUCUGAGUUUAAAUUAAUGAAAUAAAUGGCCUCCCAUGUGUCCCGCGUGCCUCCAUUAAUCAUUUCAGGCGUCAUUCAUCCCUCUCUGGUGGGAGCUCGUCUACCACAAUGAAUUGCUCGCACUGGAACCAAGUUUAGCAAAAGUCUAUGUACCACGUUUGGCUUUAUGGGUAUUUGUGUAUAAAUGUAAAGUCCCCCCCACUCCACCCCCUGAACAACACUGUAAUGUUUAUUUCAUUGGUUUUAUAUCAUCUUUUUUUAUCGUCAAGGUGUUGUUCUGUUUUCUCUAUACUGUGUCUUUUCUCAUAUUGACUGUGAUGACAUGUAUUUUGCCUCAUUCCCCUCCCCCGACACUUUUUUUCAGUGUGUAUAAAUCAGUAAUGUUUGUGGUUUUGCUGAUGGUUUUAUGAAAAAGACGAGGAGAAAAAAAAAAUAAAGAAAAAGAAAAACAGGCAAAGAUAGUGUGGUGUUUAGAGAUGGGUGGUGGUUGGUCUGGUUGGUCAUUACCAUUGCUUCUUUUUUACAUAAAUAUGUAUGUAAAGACACUAAUGUUCAUUGUGGAAGAUGGGAGCAUUUCAAGAUUGACAAAAGAAAAUAAAUUAAAAAAGAAUGUUGACGCUGUCAACAUACCGUGAA